UUUCCCCCUGUUGUUGUCUCCUGGAGGAUUUAUCGACGGCUUCCCUGCAAAUAUGCUCUUUAUCUGAAAUAUCAUCUGUUGCUGAGAGUGAAUUGAAUUGAGGAGCCCCCAUGACUGGCUCUGAGACUGUGCAUGUGUGGAGCGGAUGUGGACUGUGAAAUAAGAAAUCAGCAUUGAUACUUGAUCCUUUUUUUUUCUCUUUAAAAUGGAGGAAAAAUUAUUAUUACUUUUACUACUUCUCUUAUCUCUCCACGGGAAGCUGUGAUUUAUUUUCUUUUUUUUUAAUCCACCAUGAUCUGUUGAACAUCCUCUCAUUGAUUCGGACUGCAUAUUAAUAUAGAGAAGCUGUAUCACAAGACAUUUUCAACGUGAAGUGACAUUUAAGGGCAGUGAAGAAGCGGGAUCGUGGAGGUAUUUCCCCUCUUUUUUUUUGCUUUUUCUCCUUUGAUUUACUCCAUUCCAACUAAAUGCUGAUGAUGGAGGACGACGAACUGGACGCUCAUCAGGUUGAUUCGGAUUUCGAGCCGCAGAGCCGGCCUCGCUCGUGCACCUGGCCGCUGCCGUGCCCGGAGGAUUUCCCCGGCGGACACGAGGUCAGCGGGGGUCUCCCGGUGGCCAACAUCAAGGUGGAACCGGAGGACGUCCCGGCGUGCAGGGCGGCGGGGCUCGUGGGCGGAACGCCGGGAGAGAUGAAGCAUCCAGCCGGCGCCCCGGCACCCACGGGCGCGACGCACUCAUGCCUGGCUGGCGCGGCGGUCCUCGACGCAACCGGACCGCUGCGCAAAGCCAAAUCCUCGCGGCGGAACGCGUGGGGGAACCUGUCGUACGCGGAUCUCAUUACCCGCGCCAUUGAGAGCACACCGGAGAAGAGACUGACGCUGUCACAGAUUUACGACUGGAUGGUCCGUUAUGUGCCCUAUUUCAAGGAUAAGGGCGACAGUAAUAGCUCAGCUGGCUGGAAGAACUCCAUCCGGCACAACCUGUCACUCCACACACGCUUCAUCCGAGUGCAGAAUGAGGGGACUGGCAAGAGUUCCUGGUGGAUGUUGAACCCAGAUGGAGGGAAGAUGGGCAAGGCCCCACGCCGACGAGCAGUCUCCAUGGACAACAGCACCAAAUACCUGAAAAGCAAAGGCCGCGUUAGAGGCAAGAGGGUCGGCCGACCUGGAAUAGGAGCAGGAUCUGCUGUGGUGGGACUCCAGGGUUCUCCUGACCAUGGCAGCUCACCACAGAAAGGCCUCCCAGGGGUCGGAGGUGCAACUGGGACAGAUGGAGAGUUUGAUGCCUGGACAGACCUCCAUUCCAGGGCUAGUUCAUCAGCCUCCACCCUGAGUGGGCGUCUGUCACCCAUCCUCGCAGAAGAAGAACCUGAGGAACCAGAGGAGGGUGGCCUGUCCAGUUCCACGUCCCCCCACCUGUACCAAUCACCAACCAGUGCCCGCUCUCCAUCCAUGGGGACAGGAAAUCGCUGUCCUCCCCUCGAGCAGCUGCCUCAGCUGGCUAGCCUGGCAGGUGCUAUCAGACUGGAUGAGCAGUUGAUGGAGGACAGUUACCAUCACCAUCACCCACAGCAGCAGCAGCAACAUCAGCAGCAGCAGCAGCAGCAGCAGCAUCCAGCUGUUGGCAGACACAAGCACCAAACCCCUGUUUACCACUACAGCUCUGGAGUGAAGGGGCAGAGCACUUAUGGUGCAGGCGUUUAUGGAACAUCAGGUGUGGGGAUGCUGCACCACCACUCACCCAUGCAGACCAUUCAGGAGAACAAGCCAGCUAGUUUUUCUGGAACCAUGCGGGCGUACUCUAGUACCAAUGCCCUGCAGAGUCUGCUGACAGGGGUUCCAGCUGGGCAGCAAUACUGCUCCAAGGACAUGAUGCUGGGACAGGAGAGGGAAAGCCAUCCUCUAAUUGGUCAACCUAGUAAUGGAGUAGGCUCAAACCAUCACAGCCACCACCCCGGUCACCACAAUGGCCACAGCCACAGCAGACCUAUUAGUCACAACUCAGCUCAUAGCCAUAACAGAACUCACAGCCAUACACCCAGUCAUAAUCACAAUAGCGUAACCAACCGCAACCACAACUCACCUCACAGCCUCGCUCACAACAGUCACAACCUCAACCAAAGCCAUAGCCACACGCCCCCCCGCGCAGUGGCCCUGGCCCCACGUGGCAACAACAAUCAACUGCAGACCUACAACCACAAAGCUCCCUAUUUGUACAGUCCGCCAUCGCACGCCCACCUCCCUGCUUCCACCACCCUCCCCCCAAACCCAGCAGGUAUGCUUGGCAUGCCCCAGGACUCCUGCCAUGUUGCCACCGCACCACACCCACACCCUCGCCACAGCCAUUUUCCUGACCCACAACACCAUGGCGUGACUAACGGACCUUACCACCAUGGCCAAGUGAUGGGUAAUGGUAGCAUUGGUAGCAACAACCACAGCUAUCACCAAGCUCACACCCAUGAGAGACUACCAGCCGACUUGGACAUUGACAUGUUCCAUGGUAGCUUGGACUGCGACGUGGAGUCCAUUCUCCUCCAUGACAUUAUGGACUCUGGGGAGGAGAUGGACUUUAACUUUGACUGCUCACUAGCCCAGGGUGUGGGCAUUGGAAUGGGUAUGGGCAUGGGUGUGACCAUGGGCAUGGGGAUGGGAAUGAGCAGCCUGGCCAGUCCGCAGCAAGCCCACAGCAACCAGAGCUGGGUUCCUGGCUGAAACCCGGGGCAACAAAGGCACCCACCCCACCCAUGAAGCACUGUGCUCAACUGUGACACUCCUGACAUGACACAGAGACUAAUUUACGACCAACACGCCCAUCUCUCUUUGUUGUCUUGACAGUUCGUCUGUAACCCCUCCCCUCCUCUUUUUAUCCCCCUCCCCUCCGAGAGAUCUAGUUCAUGUCACAUUAGGUUUUUCCUUGUACUAGCUAUACUGUGAUGACAAUCUUUCAGCUGUGAUUGCCCAACAUCACUUCUCAUCUACCAUGAGAACUGAACUCUCAAUGCACUUUAUUGCAAGUGGGUCACAUCUCACAGUGCAACACGUUCGCAGAGCAGCUCAGGCAGAGCCCGGCAUGUUUUGUAAGGUGGCUGCAGGACUUGAUUUGAUCGCAACAAAUGUGAAAAAAAAAAGAAAAGAUCUUGGCAUUGAAUUAAAAUUUGACUCCUUUA